AUGAUGGGUUGCAUUUGCAUCAGUUUCUUCCUUAAGAGCAGAGGCUGUCUUGGAUGCUGUACUGGUACCCAACCCCGACUACUUAUUGCGGUCGAUGAGCCAUCAAACAGACUGAGAAUUCAAGGUCGAUCGGCGAGGAAAAAUAGCAUAUCAGAGGACUUCUGGAGCACUAGCACUAUGGAAAUGGAGAACAGUGGAGUCCAGUCCCAGAAAAGCAUCUCAUCGGUCAGCACUUCAAACCUCAUUGAUUCCCAUGGUACUUCUGGUAGCACAAGCAAUACACCUGAAUUUGUAAAUCAUGGUCUUUUACUCUGGAACCAGACAAGGAGUCAGUGGCUUGCAAAUAGGUCUCAACUCCAGACGCAACUUCGAGAACCUAGAAUAAGUUGGAAUGCCACUUAUGAGAGUUUACUUAGUACCAACAAGCCGUUUCGCCAGCCGAUCCCUCUCCCUGAAAUGAUCGAUUUUCUUGUUGAUAUAUGGGAGCAAGAGGGUUUGUACGAUUGA